AUGAAUAAGAGCGCUAACAAGAAGGAAGAAUACCACGAAACUCCAGGUAAAGAGACGAGUUCGAAUGAUAUUUUAGAGCUGCUUCACCGAUUUAAUGAUGACGGGAACCCCAAAUACCAGACAAUAAUUGCCGAAUUGCAUGAUUUUUUUCGUCUUACUUUGAGUGAAACUAUAGACGUAGUCGAUAUCAGAGAGUUGGAAUGUGAUAAUGAGAAGGUUGCCAAAUUCAGAGAGUUGAUGCCCAGAAUGCUGAGCAACUGCCGUGAACUAACGCAGAGGAAAUCCUAUAUACCUUUUGAAUCAGAAGUUAGCGAGAAUGAUCAAAAGCAGAAAAAAUUUCAGUUAUUGCACCAACACCAAAUUGUACUCAAUUUCCAAGAGUUUUGCAAUGAAUUGACCAAGCUUGUUAUUGAUGCACACGUUCUCAGGUUUCUGUCGAAAUGCAAUAGUUCUUAUGACGUUAUGUCUAAACAUUGGACCUCGUUUUAUAAACUAUUCGAGUAUGUAAUAGGUGCACUCGGACCUAUCAUAUCAUAUGUACAUGUGAACUAUCCUAUGAUAAGAAAGGAACUAGGAUUCAAGAACUUGACGGUGUAUCAAUAUUAUGAUUCUAAACUUUUCGAAAGUAUAAAAACCAGUCUUGGAAAGGACUUUCCAGCCCUUGUGACUGCAUCUAUCCAUCAUUAUAUCCAUAUGUUCCCAAUUACGAAUAUCGUCUUGGAAGGAGAAGUCCCUAUGCUCCGUAUUAUGUCUAGCUGCAAUUUUAACCUGGAGAGCCUGAGCCCGAAGGAUUUUUAUAUGAGAACUCUGAAGGACUACUUUGAUAAGGAACCAAAUUUGGGGCCAAAAUUGGAAACUUUCAAGAAUUUCAAAGUACUAUUGACAAGGAAUGCACUUCUAGCAUCGCUGUUUUUUCCUGAGUGGGUCAGUGACGCAAACGAUUUAUUUAUCAGCCAUUUAUUGCUGAACAAAAAGUCUAUCAGCGAGUACAUAGAAAUUGGAAAAAACACUUAUGAUGAAGAAAAAGAGCGAUAUUUCAAAACUGAGACAUGCUUUAGCUUGUUGAUGUUUAAAAAUGCUUUUGAAGCAAGAAAUAUGCUGUCAGAAUUUAAAGAGUUUUGUGACGAUGCCAUUUCAGAAAAGUUGAAGGCGGCAUAUGGGCCCAAUCAUGAUGUUGGAAGGCUAUUUGAUGAGGUAGUUCAACUGGCUAACGUAGAUCACCUUAAAAUAUACUCUGAUUCCAUUGAAUACCAUUUAUGCGAUUUACUCAGUAGCACUAGUAGAGCCAUUGAACAAUAUGUCAAGUAUUUUGAAUCGCUUUUACUCAAGCUUGUUAAAAAAAUUAAAAUGGAAAAAGCUGAGUUAUCUAGAGAUAUGAAACUAAAGUAUCUUUACGAUAAUCUCCCCAUACUGAAGCUGAAGUUUGUUAAUCUUCCCACAUUUUCUAAUUUCUUCGAAAGAUCAAUCUUUAGAAAGACAAUUUUACAAUGCGAUCAAAAUUCCACAUUUAUCAAGGAUAUAUUACCAGUUUACAAAGAUUGUUUAAUGGAACUUUUCAAGGAAAGAAUUAUAACCAAUGUUUCACAGGAAGAUGAAAUGCGGUACCGCGAUCAGUAUCAACCUUACUUAUCACAAUUUUUCCAACCAUCAGAAGUUAUGGCGGAUUUAAGAAUAAAGUAUGCGUCGUUCUUGUCGUUUUACGAUAAUAUACAAGCUGUUGUUGAGUUCGGUAAAAAGUAUAAUGAAAACAACCAUACCUCAUUCUUCCCACUAGUUUUUGAUAAAGAAGGGAUUCCAAAAGCCUUCCAACAACCCAAUGACGAACUCGAGAGGAAUUUCGUUUUACCUGAAGAGAUGGAUCAUAUAUGGAACGAGUUUUUAUCCAAUUACUACCGGGAAAACAAGGUGGAAGGUUCUGAUGCUUCCAAGAAAGAACUAUAUCCGAUGUGGAACUUGCAUCAUUGUGAAGUGGAAUCACCUUAUAUCACACCUGAUGGAGGAAAUUUGAUAUUUGAAUUGACCCUCUUCCAAACUUGUGUGCUGGUUUUGUUCAACGAUAGUGAUCAUUGGACGUUGGAGAGCAUAUCAGAGCGCACAAAACUGGCGUACAAGGACUUGACGCUAAUCUUGAAGUCAUUUUUAAACUACAAAGUCCUGACAAAGGACACCGACAACUCUUACAGGAUCAAUGAGAACUUCAAACCCGAUUUUAGAAAGGUGAAAAAUGGGAAACUACGUGUGGUACUACCGAGAAACGCCCCAUCGCAAAGUAGCAACACGGGAAAUGGAAGAAGUAGCUCUACACACCGCGAGGGAAGCAAUUCGCAAUGGACGCAAGAAUUACUAAAGGCAUGCAUAACCAGAUCCGUUAAGAGCGAGAGGGAUGGACUCGGCUACGACCAUUUGUUCGAAACGGUCAAGCAACAAAUAAAAGGCUUCAGUGUUGGCGAGUUCAAAGACGCCCUGACCAAACUGUUAAGAGAUAAAUUCAUAAUCAAGGACGAAUCUACAGACACUUACAAGUACUGA